AUGAAUUCUUCAUAUUUCUUUCUCCAGCCACGCCUGGAAAUGGAGAUUAAUCCCUCCACUAGUCUUCAAAACUCCAGCCAAAUAAUAUGGGUUGAUGAUGAGCAAUUAGGCCUGCAGGGCCAUGCUGUCAAGUCCUACAGAUGCACUUUCUGUAAAAGAGGGUUCUCCAGUGCACAAGCUUUAGGAGGCCACAUGAAUAUUCAUAGAAAAGAUAGAGCAAAGCUCAAAGAAUUCACAAGUGAUCAAAAUCUCCUUUCUUUGAACAUCAAGAGAAUGGAUCCUACUGCUGAUGAUGAUAGUCAUCAAGAAAUCUCGUCGAAAGCUUCUACUUUUCGCGAUAGUCGAGAAUAUGAUGAUCAGAGAAGCUGUUCACCAGAAGUUGAUCAUAUUAUUAUUCCUCCUGGAAAUGAUGGGUUUAAUGAUCUGCUGAAACUGCCUUUAUUUGCCGAGUCUCCGUCGUUAUGCGGUGGGAAAGAGGAGCACGGUGAAGCUAUGAAAUUGUGCCAUGAGGAUGGAACAUCAGAGACUGAUGAAGUGGACCUUGAGCUUCGGUUAGGGCCUGAACCUUAUGAAGAACCAACAAAACCAUAA